CUCUCUCUCUCUUUAACGCACCAAUACUGAGUCACUGACCAUUACAUACCAUAUAAUGCUUUCUUCCUACCCAACCUCAUUGGACUUUAGUUUUCAUUUGGGUUUCUUCAGAAGACCAAGACUUUGUCAUUCUCUGGAAGGAAGCUUCUCAAAGUCAGGAAAUAAGCAGUACAAGGGCACUUUUAUAGCAUACAACAACUCAGUCACAAAGGAUAAUCUUCUGAUUUCCCACCCUCCAGUAGCCAAGCAAGAAAGCCCUCCUCCUUUGGUCAGUGCAUUGAAAGCUUCAGCUGAACAAAAUGUUGCUAGUUUUCACUUCCCUGGGCAUAACAGAGGACGUGCUGCUCCAUCUUCAUUAACUCAACUGAUUGGUUCAAGACCAUUUCAUCAUGAUUUGCCUGAGCUUCCAGAGCUCGACAACCUCUUUUCUCCAGGGGGGCCAAUUUUAGAUGCACAGAGACUAGCAGCCAAACUAUUCGGAUCAUCAGAGACAUGGUUUCUUGUUGGAGGUACCACUUGUGGAAUUCAAGCAGCAAUAAUGGCUACUUGUUCUCCUGGAGAAUUUCUAAUUCUUCCUCGUAAUUCCCAUAUAUCAGCUAUAUCUGCCAUGGUGUUAUCUGGUGCACAACCUAAGUAUAUCAUACCCCAGUAUGAUUUUGAUUGGGACAUUGCUGGCGGUGUGACUUCAUCACAGGUAAAGGAAGCAAUCAAGGAAUUGGAGAUGGAAGGUCAAAAAGCUGCUGCGGUUUUUGUCACUUCCCCUACUUAUCACGGUAUAUGCAGCAACUUGACCGAGAUUUGCCAGCUGUGUCAUUCUCAUGAAAUUCCUGUGAUUGUGGAUGAGGCUCAUGGGGCACAUCUAGGAUUCCAUCCGCAGCUUCCUAAUUCGGCCCUCAAGCAAGGAGCUGAUCUGGCUGUACAGUCCACUCACAAAGUUCUAUGCUCUCUUACACAGUCAUCAAUGCUACACAUAUCAGGGAAUAUUGUAGAUAGGGAACGAAUCUGUAGGUGUCUCCAAGCUCUUCAAAGCACUAGCCCUAGUUAUUUGCUUUUAGCAUCAUUAGAUGCCGCUAGAGCUCAAUUAAGUGAAAACCCAGACACUAUAUUCAACAAAGCAGUGGAAUUGGCCUACGAAGCAAAAUACUUGAUCCAACAAAUACCAGGCAUUUCAGUGCUUGACUUUGCAAGCUUUUCUAACUUUCCAGUCAUUGAUCCUUUGCGACUUACUAUUGGUUUUUCGCAGCUGGGUUUGUCUGGUUAUGAAGCAGAUGAGAUCUUAUGUAGAGAUCAUGGGAUCAUCUGUGAACUUCUAGGGACCCAAUCAAUUACUUUUGCAAUUAAUCUUGGAACUAGUAGAGACCAUAUUCAGAGACUUGUAUUAGGAAUAGAGCGUCUAGUAGCAACUUCUGCACCAAUUCAUGGAAAUAAAGGGAGGGUGGAGCAUAGUGGUUAUACACUCUUUGCAGAUAUCAGCAUGAGCAUGACUCCUAGAGACGCCUUUUUUGCAAGUAAAAAGAAAGUGAGCAUAAGAGAGAGCCUCGGGAAAGUUUGUGGGGAGCUUGUCUGUCCAUAUCCACCAGGGGUACCAGUUAUGAUCCCUGGUGAGGUUAUUACAGAGAAAGCUUUGGACCAUCUGCUGGAUGUUAGAAGCAAGGGUGCUGUUAUUACUGGAGCUUCUGAUCCUUCUCUCUGUUCCAUAGUAGUCUGUGAUGUGUAGUUCAUUCCUAGAGAUGUUAGCAUCUUGCUGCUUAGUCCUUAUUUUCAGCUGAAGGUAGUGGCAAGGUGCAUGAAAUGGGAACUGAGUGUAGCUUAUAUGUACAUACCCACCACAGAUAACAGUGAAAAUGAUUCUUUUCUUCAAUGGAAUAUUGGCCAUGAUUUUUACAGCAUGAUCCAAGACCGUCGGCAAGAAAUCAAACUAGAAUAUAGAAAUGAAGUCUGUUUACAGAGCAAAUUUGUUGCAUGCGAAGCAUUUGUAACUUAGUCUUUCAGUAUGUGCAAAAUCUGCUCUGGGCGAGGACUACUUGAAGUUGAUCCAUUUUCUCUUCAUUAAUGGCCACUUACCGAAUUUCCCCUCAAACUAGAAACUUGCUCAGACCCAUUACAUGACAAUGGUAUCAUUAGCCGAAGAAGACCCUGGCCAAUCCACGUGGCCUGCUUGACGAACGUCAGCGACGGAGACAUCGUAAAUUGGUCCGUGGGUAUCGCGAUAAGUCCUCUGUCCUAUUUAAAUCAUCUAUGUGAGCUUUUAAUCACUUGACUAAGUAGACUGACUUGGUAGUCAUGUAAUUUGUUUAAAUGACUGAAUGGAUCAUGUUAUUAAACUA